AUGUCUGAGCCCGACUCAUAUGGGCAAUCUCGACUCGGAGACAUUCGUAUUGAUACGAGCUUCUCACGUUCCCCCAGUACUCCUCGGGAUUACCUUGCAGAGCCAAUACCUAGGGACAGAUAUUCCAGGGCAAGCCAUGCAUCGCGUGUCCGAGAUAUUACUUGGAUUUCGGCCUCUCAGCCAUCCCAGUACCCUGCAACCCAAACCCCUCAGACGCCUCACUGGCAACAUUCCACUCCUGUUAUGCGUCCAGCACUUCAUACAGCGCAGCCCACUCUGUCAGACUCGGAGUACGAGUACAUGACUGUUGGCAUCGACGACACAGGUGCCGACGAGGAGAAUGGAUACGGGUCUUCAGAGGGACAUGAGAGGAAACCUCAGGGGAAGAAGAAGUUUUACGGCGGGCUCAUGAAUGGGUUGAAAAGCAUACCGAGAGUCAUGUCGAGAGGACGUUUGAAUUCAAAGGACCAUGCCAAGCCAGCGAAGCAGGGGAUCACAAUACCCCCCUAUCAACCGAAUCCUCAAGCUCCAGGGAUAUCGCUCGUACACCGACAAGUACUAGCAAAUAAUGUGCCCCAAGUCGAGAGAGUUGACACGCCCCCGUCCGACAUGCUAUCUCCUACAAGACCAAACAUUCUACUUGAUACUGAUGUAUCCAUUACGGAUACAAGGCGUGACCGGACAUUGUCGGCUGUCAACGAGUUGUACGAACCUAGUCGCUCGCACAGUCAUGAUGAUAUUUUCCCUGCUCAUUUCCACGGCGAUACCUUAAACACUUCCCAUCCAUUCCACCACUCUACCGACGCAAUUUCCACUCUUCAUCCCUUCAACCGUUCCACUGAAGCGAUUUCCCUUCCUCGUACCAUUCAUCUUUCGACCCAAGCUACUGCGACUCCUGUCCUUGUGGAGCCUCGGCCUGCAGAGGAUUUUGCAAAGAUGGAGUCUCCCAUUCGUCCCCCACCAGAGGAAUCCAUUGCCUCUCAAGUGGCACGUAUUCGGCGAUUCAUGCGGGACCUUAGCAGCCUUCCAUGGAUUUCUCCGGCUCGUAUCUCAAGUGAAUAUGUUCCUGGGCAGGGUGAUCGGAGGAGGCACAGCCGUCAACGGUACUCCAAGACAUCAAAAAGCUGGUAUAACCAGCGAAACAAAGGAACCUUGGACUUGCUUUCAGGUCCAUCAACUCCUUUAUCUACAGGCCGUAUUCCACAUCAUGUCCAGAACUCGCCUGCUCCAGCUCCAAGGCCAUAUGUCAUGAGCCCGAGCACUGCGAACCUCAUGUUCUCUAGACAGUUAUCUGGCGGGAGGUCCAGAUCGCCUUCUUCAGAUGGUGCUCCAUCAUCAGACAGUACUAGCAACCCACAAUACUCUGGGCCAUUGUACCCAGCGUAUGUGGCCCAGCCGUUAUUUGUCUAUCCGUCUGGGAUCCCGUCUGCUGGAAGUGGCCUAGAGACGCAGCCGCGACCAGUGUUUUUCACCACACCUGUUUCACCACCAUUUGCAUCUCCUGAAAGGUCACGGUCGCCUCUGCGCCACAAUGGAACCCCGAGGACACCUGUGUUGUGA